GCAGCAGCUGCAGGUGAGAUGGUGAUGAAAAUUUGCAAGUGGUUGCAUGAGCUGAAGCCAGUGCUACUAAUGGUGGCGGUUCAGUUCUUUUUUGCUGGAGUUAAUGUAUUAUUCAAAUUGGCAACCUAUGAUGGUAUGAGCUCGAGGGUAAUUGUUGCCUACAGAUUCAUUUUUGCCACUCUCUUCUUGAUUCCUCUUGCUCUCAUCUUUGAGAGGAAGAGCAGGCCUAAGCUUACAUGGACAAUACUGUUUCAAGCAUUUCUCUGCGGCUUCUUUGGUGGAUCAUUGUCUCAAAACCUGUAUUUUGAAGGUUUGGUGUUGACAUCUGCAACAUUUGCCACUGCCAUGGCUAAUCUUAUACCAGGCUUCACUUUCAUCUUGGCUGCUUCUUUUGGGCUGGAGAAGAUGGGAAUAUCAACCCUAGCAGGAAAGGCAAAAGUGGCGGGAAUGUUAAUGGGAAUCGGUGGAGCAAUGCUGCUAACGUUUUGCAAAGGGGCAGAAAUCCACAUCUGGUCAACACAUGUCAAUCUGAUGAAGCUUGUUACACCCCAUGGAGGCCACGUGGCAUCAUCAGAUGGCACUCGUGUAUUGGGGUGUAUAUUUUCCAUGAGCAGUUGCAUCUCAUUUUCUUUGUGGUUGAUAAUUCAGGCUAAAAUGAGUGCAAAAUAUCCAUGCCCUUACUCAAGCACAGCUUUGAUGUCUACAAUGGCAGCAAUCCAAUCUGUUGUUUAUACCUUCUGCGUUGAGAAAGAUUGGAGUCAAUGGAAAUUGGGCUGGAACAUAAGGUUGCUUACUGCAGCCUAUGCGGGAAUAGUAGUGCAUGGGAUGAUGAUAACUUUGACCAUAUGGUGCGUGCGGAUAAAGGGUCCAAUGUUUGCUACAAUUUUUUACCCUCUAAUGCUUGUGUUUACUGCCCUGGCGGGAUCUCUUCUACUUGAUGAGGAUUUACACCUUGGAAGCAUAAUGGGAGCGACUUUCAUCGUGUGCGGGCUAUACGCAGUGUUGUGGGGUAAAGAUGCAGAGAUGAAAACAUCUCAACUCAUUCCGCUGAAAAACUCUGAAGAAGUUGAAACUACAAAUAGCACUAGUAAGAAUGAUAAUGGCGAAAAUUUAUCAUCAGGAAAGAUACAUGGAAAAGAAGAAAAAGACAAGGGAAGUGAAGAGAAGGUGUAGUCUCCACUCUCCAUGCUAAGUGUGGGUAGCAAUUGGCGAGCCUUCACAUUACAAUUGCUCAACAAGCUUCAGCAUACUUCAAUUUAGACAAGUUUUAAUCAUUAAGAAUUUCAUGUGAAUCCUAUAUUAUAAUUGAUAACGA